AUGGCGAGUCAAGCACAGCAGCCCCCUCAUCUCCACCUGGCAGAGCUCACCGCGGCGCAGUUUCUCGACAUCUGGAAACAUUUCGACGCAGACGGAAAUGGCUACAUCGAGGGAAAGGAGCUGGAGAACUUCUUCCGGCAGCUAGAGACUGCGCGGAGAGGAACAGGCGUGGUGAGUGGAGAGAAAAUGAAGGAAUUCAUGAUGAAAUUUGACAAGAAUGCAGACGGAAGAAUCGAGAUGUCAGAAUUAGCUCAGAUUCUGCCCACAGAGGAGAAUUUCCUGCUUUGUUUCAGAACAUUUGUGGGAUCCAGUGCAGAAUUCAUGGCGGCAUGGCGAAGGUAUGACACUGAUCGCAGUGGAUACAUCGAAGCCAAUGAACUGAAGGGUUUCCUGUCAGAUCUUCUGAAGAAGGCCAACAGACACUACGAUGACAAGAAACUCAACGAGUACACACAGACAAUCCUGAAGAUGUUUGAUCUGAAUGGUGAUGGGAAACUGGGCCUGUCUGAAAUGGCCAGGCUGCUGCCGGUUCAGGAAAAUUUCUUGCUCAAGUUCGAGGGAUGCAAGCUUUCAGCAGAGCAGUUCAACAUAAUAUUCACCUUCUAUGACAAGGAUGGAAACGGUUACAUCGAUGAGCAGGAGCUGGACGCACUGCUGAAGGACCUACAUGACAAGAACAAAAUGGAGUUGGACUCGACUGGUCUGGUGGGCUAUAAGAAGAGCAUCAUGGCUCUGUCCGACGCGGGGAAGCUCUACCGCACCGAGCUCGAGAUCGUCCUCUGCCGCGACUCCACACUGUGAUCUUUCAUCUCUGACCCCUGAC